AUGCGAAUAAAAACACGUUUAAUUCACAUUUGCAUAAGACAUAAAUGCACUACUAGUAAAGACGAUUCGUUUCGUUUCAAACAAUUUGUCAAGAAAAAGUUGAUUUUACGAAAUAAAAAGUCGGAAAAUUGUAAGGUUAGUAGUAGUAAUAGCGGUAUAACCUCAAACCAUGUGACUUCUAAUAUCAAUGAUCCUUUUUGCAAAGAAAGUAACUCGAAUAUCGACAUUUUCUCAUUUUCAUCUAAAGACAAAACUGAUACAAAUAUAUCUAAAGAAUUUUAUGCAAUAAAUGAACCUAAAUUGCCAGACAAUUUCGAGCAAGCAUUUCUAUUUCCAUUAAAGGAUCAAAACUAUUCAUCACAAAUUAAACAUAGUAAUAACAGUAACAAAUAUACAAAGAAUAUACAAGAUAAAAAUAUAGAACAAUCUGAAAAUGAUAAUAAAAAUGAUAAUAUUAAUAGUAUUACUAGAUUUAAUGAAAUCAAUAUGCAAAUGCUUUCUAAGCCAUUGCACGAGUACUUGUUUAAUAAAAAUGAGAAACAUGUGCAUCUUCCUCAAGAUACAAUAGAUAGUAUUAAAAAGAAUUUACAAAAAUAUGGAAUAAAUACAGAAAAUGUAAAACCAAUACCGGACAUCGAUAUAAGUUUACCUCCUUUAAAAGGAAAGGAUUUAGAAGAACAUUUUUAUAAUAUUGCUAUGGAACAAAUAGCUCCUUACUUAAACAUUGUGAAUAAGAUUAUUACCGUUGUACCUGAAAUGCCUUCAAAAUGGUUGCUACAAAAAGGUUGGACCAGAUAUACAAGCGAUGGUGCAGAAUGCGUUAAUUAUCCUUUAGAAGAAGAAAUGAUUCUAGAUGUAGAAGUCUGUAUGAAAGAAGGUCCGUUACCUACCUUAGCUACAGCUGUUACCAAUAAAGCAUGGUAUGGAUGGGUUUCACCAAUUUUAGUAGAGAAUGUAGAAGGUAAUUUUGGUAGUAAUUAUUUUACUCCGAACAUGUUGAUUCCUAUAGAAAGCAAUGCGGAUGAAUGUGGUAUUAAAUUAAAUAAUUAUCAUCAAAAACCUAAGAUCAUUAUAGGCCAUAAUGUUUCAUAUGAUAGAAUGAAGAUAAAAGAACAAUAUUGGUUGAAUUCUACCGCAACACGUUUCAUAGAUACAAUGUCAAUGCAUAUAUGUGUUAGCGGAUUGAAUAGUUAUCAGAGAACUAUUUUGAAAAGUGAACAAUUAAAUAAGUCUACUGAAAAUUGGGUUAACUCUACUUCAACUAACAGUUUGAGCGAAGUGCAUAAACUUUAUUGCGGAGAAAAUAUCAGCAAAGAACAAAGAAAUAUAUUUGUAGAAGGAUCUUUGGAUGAUAUAAGAGAACAAUUUAAUGAUUUAAUGUCUUAUUGUGCUUCCGAUGUACUGGCUACUUAUAGGGUCUUCCAUAAAUUAUUUCCAAUUUUUCAAGAAAGAUUUCCACACCCUGUUACUUUUGCUGGAAUGUUAGAACUUGGCUGCGCAUAUCUUCCAGUGAAUUCCAAUUGGCAAAGAUAUUUGGAGGAAGCAGAAUCUACUUACGAAGACUUGAAUUAUGAAUCUAAAAUUAUACUCACUAAAAGAGCAGACACUGUUUGUAAAUUAAUGCAUAAUGAAAAAUACAAAGAGAAUUUAUGGAUGUGGGAUCAGGAUUGGAGUACUCAAAAUAUUAAGAUGAAAAAUUCUCUCUCUCAAAAAAAAUUACAAGAAUUAAAAGAGAAAGAGAAUAAUAAUAAAGAAAUUAAGUUUGUAAGUUCAGAGUCAUAUCUAACAGAUGAAGAAGACGAAGAUCCCUUACAAAAAGAAUUUUCUUAUCUAGAAGAAACGAAAUACUUGUUACCAGCUAGAGUACCAUAUAUGGCAGGGUAUCCUUCUUGGUAUAGAAAACUUUGUCCUAAGCAUAUUGAUGAAAAUUGGGAACCUGGACCACAACUUAUAAGUACGUCUAUGCAAAUUACACCUAAACUUUUAAACUUAACAUGGGAGAAUUAUCCUUUGCAUUAUAUUAAGGAACAUGGUUGGGGUAUACUAGUACCAUAUAGCGAUGAUUUAGAUGUUGAAACUAAAUUACCUCUAAAACAACUAUUAGAACAAUGUCCUUUAUCUAAGUCAACUAAUUUUCAAGCUUCUACAAACGAUACAAUGUUAACAUUAAAUAAAGAAGUAGAGAAAGAUCUUUACAAAGUAGAAUUUUGGAGAUAUAAAAAAAGAGAGAAGGCAGAUUAUGAUAUAAAGUACAAAGGUUCUGGAAUUUGGUGCGAUGUUAUUUUAGAUAAUAGUUGUUAUUUUUUCAAAUUACCACACAAAGAUGGUAUCAAUUACAACGUCGGUAAUCCUUUGGCUAAAGAUUUUUUGAACAAAUUUUCGGAUAAUAUACUUGCUGGAUUAGAUUCGAGUGCUACACAAAUUUUGAAAAUAGCAAGAAAGCUAUCUUAUUGGAGAAACAACAGAGAUAGGAUAAUGUCUCAAAUGGUUGUCUGGUUUGAAAAGCAUUGUUUGCCAAAUAAUUUAAAAAAACAUAAGAUACGGUAUGGUGCAAUAAUUCCACAAGUAGUUGUAUGUGGUACGUUAACAAGACGAGCAGUAGAACCAACGUGGAUGACUGCCUCUAAUGCACACGUUGAACGUAUAGGCUCUGAAUUACGAUCUAUGAUACAAGCUCCACCAGGAUAUAACAUCGUUGGUGCCGACGUCGACAGUCAGGAAUUGUGGAUUGCAUCAAUUAUUGGAGAUGCAUAUUAUAUGAAAGUACAUGGAGCUACACCUUUUGGAUGGAUGACUUUAAUAGGCAACAAAUCAAAUGGUACAGAUAUGCACAGUGUUACUGCAAAGGCUAUUGGAAUAUCUAGAGAUCAUGCUAAAGUAAUAAACUAUGCUAGAAUUUAUGGUGCUGGGCAAAAGUUUGCUGAAAGAUUAUUAAAACAGUUUAAUCCUACCAUGGCUGAAAGCGAGGCUGUUUCUAAAUCACGAAAAAUGUUUGCUCUAACUAAAGGUAAUAAGGUAUACACAUUGAAAUCGGAAUACAUUAACGAGGAUUUUGAAGAUAAGAAAUAUUCAACAUAUGAAGCAAUCAAACUAGCAAAAGCUUUUAAUAAACCACUGAAGGAAAUGUUUAACAAAAGCAAAUGGAUUGGUGGAUCAGAAUCAGCGAUGUUUAAUAGGCUUGAAGAAAUAGCUUGUAGUUCUAAUCCUGUAACACCAUUUUUAAACUGUAGGCUUAGUCGAGCAUUAGAAAAUAAUAACGAAGAAGAAAAAUAUCUGCCAACUAAAGUCAAUUGGGUAGUACAAAGUGGUGCUGUUGAUUUCCUCCAUUUAAUGUUGGUUUCAAUGAGAUGGCUAAUGCAAGAUAAUGCAAGGUUUUGUCUUUCUUUUCACGACGAAGUAAGAUAUUUAGUUCCAUCAAGGUACAAAUACAAUGCUGCUUUAGCAAUGCACAUAACGAAUCUUAUGACAAGAUCUUUCUGUGCCUUAAGACUUGGUAUGAAUGAUUUACCAAUGUCAGUUGCUUUCUUUGCAUCCGUAGAAGUAGAUACAGUUCUUCGUAAAGAAUCAAGUCAAGAUUCAAAGACUCCAUCUAAUCCUCAUGGGCUUGAAAGUGGAUAUGGUAUUCCUAUUGGAGAAAGUUUAGAUAUACACGCGGCAUUGGAAAAAUCUGGUAGAUCUUUAGGAUCGUGGCAUCGAACGAAACGUGAUAAAAAGAAAACGUGAUUUGAUUAAAAAAAAAAUAUAUAU